CACAAGUAUAUAUGGUCAAUAUGCCUGGAAUUUCCAUCUUUGUCAUCAAACAAUAAAUUAUGCAGGAAGGAUUUUUCCAGGUAACAAGGCUUAAAUUUACAGAAGAAACCAGUAUAAAAUAUGGUUUACACAGCUAAGCAUCUGGAUAAGAGGAUUUUGUUUCAAUAGAAUAUGGAUCAUCAAAUCAGAAUAUGCAAUCUGGAUGUUGAGAUAAGCAUAGGCGUGACAAAAUCUGGCUUCAAAAUAUAGUAUUCAGGGGUCAACCUUCCUGUUAUGAAAAGAGACCUAUUUUGAUAAACUGUGCCAUUAGGCACCUGAAAAGGGUGAUAGCAGGACGGUUAUAGGCGGCACAAACCCACAAAAGCAAAAGAGCUCCCCAUUUGGGGACCCAUUGGCCACAAAAGAAGAACAGCCUAAACAUACAAGAGUUCAAUAGGCGAAUUUUGGCAGGAUCAAAUUUGCUUAUCGCCCCAUGAAUCAACCAACUGUGCUCAUCCUAGUUUCUUGCCUAUUCUUCCAUGUCAGAGCCCAAGAAGAAGCAGAGCCUUCCUCGGGUAUCCUUCAUCCUUUCCGCAUAAGCCUCUCUUUAGUCGUUGGAAUCUCCUUAGGAAUGUUGUCUUUAACAUUUGUAGUCCUUGUCUGCCUCAAAUUCUGUCAUGCAAACCUGGUUGAUAAUUUUGACCAUACUACACAUCCUCAAAACUUUCAUCGCCUUUUUCAGUCAAGUUCCAUAUUUUCUGGAAUCGAUAGAAGAAUAAUUGAAUCAAUUCCCUCCUUCCAGUUCUCUGCACUUAAGGGGUCAAAAGAAGGCCUAGAGUGUGCAGUUUGCAUAUCGAAAUUUGAGGAUUCAGAUAUUCUUCGACUUUUGCCAAAGUGCGAGCAUGCAUUUCAUAUGAACUGCAUAGACCAGUGGCUCGAAAGACACUCAACCUGCCCUCUUUGCAGGUAUAAGUUUGAUUCCAGAGAUGCAAAGAGUUUCACACAUUCAAACAGCUUGAGAUUAUCUCAGAACCCUUCAAAUCUAACUGAUGAUCGAAACGUUGAGCUCUUUGUGGAAAGGGAGCAGGACGAUCAAGUUCAAGGGUCAUCAUCAAGGUUUAACAUAGGAAGCAGCCUCCGCAGCAUUGACAGGGGUAAGAAACAAGAACUACGGAUUCAAGAAGGUGAAGGUAGUAGCGGAGAUGAUCCAAAACUCUUGCAUAAGUUCAAGCAUAAGAUAAUUGUUUCUGAUGUUGUAAUAAAGAAUCGAUGGAGUGAUGUCAGCCCCUCAGACUUGUUGUCCUUGAAAUCCGAGAUGCUCAGUGUCAUAUCCAGCAAAAGAUUCUCUUCAUUGGAAUCAAAUAGUAGAAGGUUUCCUACUGGUUUAUCAACGAGUAAACUGAUUGAAAAGGUUGAGGAUUUAGAGAGGAAGAGAAUGUUCGAGUCCGAGUUCAGCAUAACCUAUAAGAAUGAUCCAAGUUCAAGCUUUCCUUCCGCUUCAUAUAACGAGUCAAGUUCAUCAGAGAUGAAUCAUAUGGAAAAGAGAUCAAUGUCUGAGAUUACAGUCUUCCCAAGGUUCAGGCAAUUCAGUCUGAAAAACCAAGUGGCAGAUUGCCUGGCAAAAGAGGGGAUUCAGAGACAAGAGGAUUCAAUUAAUAUUUUUGACUGAGGCCGGUUGAGGUUGGGGUGGAACUGUGGAACUGAAGCGAAGUUUCUGAUUUCUGGAACAAGGAAACGGGUUUGAUUUUUUGAGCUAUGAUAAAAGGUUCCGUCAAAGCUAUGCAUGUCUGACCCACUUUUGUUUUUGCUUGGGUCUGAAUAGGAUUGUCCUUAUGACUCUGUUAUGAACAUGUUGAUUGAUGUUUAUUGCUGUGCAAACUUUCUUGUCAUUUAUGAGUGGGAUUGAAUGUAAAUUUGGGAGGGGUUAGGAUGUGAGUAAAUACGAGACUGUAUAUCAGGGGUUUUUUUUGGGACUGUAUAGCAGGUUGUUGCUCUGAUUUUUUGUGUAACAGAACCCUAGCUUUUUUAUAAAGAAAGGUUCUUAUGCAAGUGGGUUUUACAUCAAAACUCAUAGGCUAAAAAUCG